ACCCGUCCUCAUCACCACUACUCAACCAGCGUAAAUAGCCUCGCACUUCAACGAUGUUUUUGUAGCUCAGCUUAGUUUUAAGUUAUACAGCAACGAGACAGUAGUAUCUGGCAGACACCGCUGCCUCCUCGUCCGCUUUGUUAAACAGACUUUUGUGCUAGAGCACCGGGUCCUCCUUGGGGAGAAAAGGCGCCGACUGGGCUCCAGUGCGGAAAAAAAGAAGAGAGGUGGAGAAGAGGACCGAGCUAACUCGGGCGUGGUAGCGAGAAGAAAAACUCAUCUUUGUUAGCAAAACUUGAAAAAGUAGCACCCAUAAUGUCGCUGUCGGUACCGCAGAACGGAGUAAAGGCGGAUAACGAGCCCGUUAUCGAGCUGUUUGUGAAGGCGGGAAGUGAUGGAGAGAGCAUCGGGAACUGCCCCUUCUCCCAGAGACUCUUCAUGAUCCUUUGGCUUAAAGGAGUCGUCUUCAACGUCACCACAGUGGACCUCAAGAGGAAGCCCGCAGACCUCCAGAACCUGGCCCCGGGAACACACCCACCCUUUAUCACCUUCAACGGCGAGGUCAAAACUGACGUCAACAAGAUAGAGGAGUUCCUUGAGGAUGUCCUCUGCCCACCCAAGUACAUCAAGCUUGCUGCAAGACACCCAGAGUCAAACACAUCUGGUAUGGACAUCUUUGCCAAGUUUUCAGCAUUCAUUAAGAACUCAAAACCAGAUGCAAAUGAAGCUCUGGAGCGCGGCCUUUUGAAGACACUGCAGAAGCUGGACGAGUACCUUCGCUCACCACUGCCUGACGAGAUCGACCACAACAGCAUCGAGGACGUCAAAGUGUCCAACCGCAAAUUCUUGGACGGUGAUGAAAUGACCCUGGCUGACUGUAACCUGCUACCCAAGCUGCAUAUAGUCAAGGUGGUGGCCAAGAAGUACAGAGGCUUUGAGAUCCCCAAAGAGAUGACUGCCGUCUGGAAGUACCUGAACAACGCCUACACGCGCGAGGAGUUCACCAACACCUGCCCCAGCGACAAAGAGAUCGAGAUCGCCUACGGAGACGUAGCCAAGAGGCUGGUCAAAUAAACUCCUUGACCCCGACCUCUUCCCUCCCCUCCAUCCCUCACCCCGCCACCCCACGCCCUCUCUACACACCCCUACACCUCCCCCUCCCCAGCACCGGGGCUGUUGUGCUCGUUCACGUGAAAGAAAAAACUCUGGACUUCUUUUCCUUCUCUCCUCAUCUAGGGCAAAUCCCCAAUGCAUGGACGUUUCUCGAUUCUCUUUUUCUUUUUUUCCCCUGCGAUUUUUACAAAGACCUAUUUUUAGUUGAUUCGGCAAUGUUGUUCACCUUUCAUCAUUAAGUGCUUUUGCUUUUCAUUUGCUGAUGAAAUGUUGUGAGGCGUUGCGAGACGGCAAGGCGACGGAGAAGCAGCCAGACUAGUAUCAGCGCUUAUCAAUGUCAGGAGCCUCGUCAAACACACUCCCUGAUAAGUGACCUUCAAGCUGACCUCCUGUCUGCGUGCGUGCAGAGGGAAAGGUCACACAAGCUGUUGUCGACUGUGUGUUUAUUAUUGAAAUAGCUCUUUCUAGGAUCGCUUUAAAUGAACACUGAGAAGCCGUUUAUUUUCCUUGUCUUUUGGCUUAUUAAGAGGCAUUGUAAACAGUGUUGAAGCUUCAGUGUUUUUUGGCUCAAGUAUUUGACAGGUUUAAGUAGAAGCUAAUCCAAACCUGACAUAUCAAGUGAGAGAUGCUUUAUUUUAAUGUCAAGCUGUUUAAAAUAAAUCAAACGAAUUGUAACUGCAGGUAAAAGCUACCUGGCAUCUAUGCUCUGAUUUUCUCGUCGCCUCAAAUAGGCAAAAGUAGCUCAGCUCAGUAGAAUUUUAGGGAAUUUCCUGUCCCGGCUGCAGAAUAACAACUCAGGACAAAUCUAACCUGAGAAAUAUUCAACUAUAUGUAGCGCACAGAUGUUCGAGGAGGUGUAGAUGUCUAGGAUGCCCUUUUGUUAAUCAACCACAGAAAAGCUCACUGACUCUUUCUUCUCUUGUGAAGCAUGAAGGAAAGUCGGUCGUGCUGACUGUAGCGAUAGUUUAGAUUACACAUGGCGGACCAAAAAGGGGCACAUUAUACUGAUCUCACUGUGGAUAGGAUGACUCCGGCUAUGUAAACGGGGAAAAAAAAAAGACACACUCUCACUGUAAUAUUCUCCAUAGUGCACGGAAUGAAGGACACUAAUGUGCAAGUCAGGCGACAUGAAAGAUAUUUAAGAAAAAACAAAGCAGGAGAGCAGCGAUGAAAAUAAUCUCUCCUCAGUAUGUAGAUUGAUCUCUGAGGUAGUGAAUGUACGUUAUCACACAGUAGCUCCAAAAGUGCUUUAGUGCAUUUGCCAUGGGUUUUUUUUCCAGAACAUUUGUUAUGAAACAAAUUUGAUAUUAAGAAAAAAAAGGAAUUGUAAAUAUUUGUUUUGAUUGCUCGGAAUUUAAAUGUGUAAAUUUUAUACAUUUCAUCUGAAUAUGAGGAAAACGGGCUCAUUUCUUGCCUGCUUGGAUUUUACUUCUAGAAAAAACCCAUCUCCUCUUUUGCCUUACUUGUUUUUCUCUCUGCGGAUGUUGCAGGAGGGUUUUUCAGAGUUCAUUUCAUUUAGUUCAACAUGAGUGUGAUGUUGUACAAAGAAAAGACCCAAGCUAUGUCAUGGAUUUUUUUAACAAUAUUGACUGAAUUGAAAUAAAGUUAUUGGCACUCUGA